AUGUUAAAACAGGUGUCAUUAGAUGAUAAGCUUACUUCGAUUCAAAAAAGAUCAUCGACUUUAUUUCAAGUCCUGUCCUACGAAAAGAAAUUUUUAUCAAUUUACAAUCCGCUAAGGGGUUCAUCGUUUAAUAAUCUGCAAAUUCAUUCAAAAAGGAAUUUUUGGAAUGUCACCUUAACAUCAACACACACAUCGGCGAUAGGUGCUCUUGACUCGUUAAUAAAAUCCCACGAACAAUGUGAAGUUUGUAUAGUGUUUGUGUCAAAAAGUUAUACCACCGAGGAAAUCGAAUUGAUACCUGAUUACCUUUAUUCGAGAUUGCGACCAAAAUUUUUGUCCGGUUGCGUUGUCGAUAAGAUUUAUGAUGGAUCAAAUGUCAGUCAUGGAAUUUCUUUAUUUCUAGGUGGUUUGGGGCAUAAUACUUCCGUCAGAAUGGAAAAUAAAAACAUUAAAGAACAGUGUGGGAAGUUUAGGUAUAAUGGAUUUAUCGUUGAGGGACCAAGAAGCAAGUACAAAACAAAUUCAGUUGGUAGGUGGACCAAUAUUGAUGAAUUAAAAGGCGAAAUUUCGGAGAUUCCAAACGGGUGGUACGACAUCAGUAAAUUUCGAAGUGUUUCAAGCGCACCUAAAGUUUUCAACCUGCCCAAGGAGCUAAAGGGUUUGAAAGAUAAUGAUAUCAGCCCCGAUCUGUUUUUCUUGAUAUCGGAUUCGGAACCAUACCAAUUCUUGGAAUCUCUAGAUUAUCAUUUUCCUCAUAGCAAAAAGAUAGGAAUCGUGGGCGAAUCUACACCGUUUAUAACAGGCCGACCAUACAGUUUAUUCCACAAUGAUAAAGUCUUAUCUAAGGGAAUAAUGGGUGUGGCAUUUACUUCCGAGACCCCAACCACAUCACGUAUUUUGGCCGACCACCCGUCACUAUGUUCAAUUGGUGACCCAUUACGAAUAACAAGUUGUCGAGGAAACAUAAUAUUAGAGCUUGAUGGGUUAAAUCCGACAGAAUUGUUACUUCGACACUUUAAAUCUGACGGUGAUCAGGAGAAAACCUUGAUGUUAUCAAAGGAUACAGAAUUCUAUUUGGGUUUAUAUGGCGAUGGUAAUGAGAGGACUGCCCUUCACGAUUCUCCAGUGGCAAUUGGUAAAAUUUUAAGCGGAGACCCUGCUAAAGGUAACAUGGCUAUUGACACAACAAAAGAUUUAAAGGACGGACAAUAUGUCAAGACGUGUUUUUUCUUGACAGCAUCCGACAAGAAUGACAUGGAUUUCAAUGCAGCAGACGCACCUCCCGUCAUUGAAUUAGACGUCAAAGGUAAAAAAAUCUUUGGUGCAACAAGCGGGAACGGAAUAAUCAUUGGUAAAGGUGGUGGUGAGGAUAAAAAUGGUGAAUCGUGGGUUUGUGACAUUCCUUAUUCAUCUGUCAGUUUAUCAACGUUGCAAAGUUUGGAUGGGUCAAAGGACUUGAAUUAA